GAAAUUUCCUCUCUUUGUUUAAAAAUUCUUCAGUUUCAUCAUUCUUCUUUCUCAAUUCAUAUUCUGAAACAGAACACAGAAGCCUUGAUCAAGAACAAAAAAAAAAGAGAGAUCUUUUUCAAUCAAAAAUUGAAAAAAAGAUGAAGAAAGAGGAAACUCAUCUACAUCCUUUGUACCUUCCAUGUCUCUUUAUGUUUCUUCUUUCAUUACUCCGUCCAAUCACCGGAGACGCAAGGGCACGAGCCGUUCAAGUCACUUGCUCACCUCAUCUUGAGCACAACGAGACCGCUUACGUCCCCAAUUUCGUAGCCACGAUGGAGAAAAUCAGCACACAAGUUCAAACCGCUGGUUUUGGAGUUGCCCUUACCGGUACAGGACCUGAUGCUAACUACGGUCUCGCGCAGUGCUACGGAGAUCUUCCUUUAAACGACUGUGUCCUCUGCUACGCGGAAGCCCGUACUAUGCUUCCGCAGUGUUAUCCUAAGAACGGAGGUAGAAUCUUUCUUGACGGAUGUUUCAUGAGAGCUGAGAAUUAUAGUUUCUAUAAUGAAUACAGAGGACCUGAAGAUAACGUUGUGUGUGGAAACAAGACGAGAAAGAGUGAAACUUUCGGUGAUGCGGUGAGACAAGGGCUGAGAAAUGCGGUUGCUGUGGCUUCUGGGACUGGAGGGUACGCUCGUGCGUCUUCAAAGGUGGCUGAAUCUGAAUCUGAAUCGGCGUUUGUGUUGGCGAAUUGCUGGAGAACUUUGAGUCCUGAUUCUUGUAAACAGUGUUUGGAGAACGCGUCUGCGUCUGUGGUCAAAGGUUGUUUGCCAUGGUCAGAAGGACGUGCGCUUCACACCGGUUGUUUCCUUAGGUACUCUGAUCAAGAUUUCUUGAAUAAGAUACCAAGAAACGGAAGAUCAAGAGGCUCUGUAGUAGUGAUUGUGGUCUCAGUACUUAGCUCUGUGGUUGUAUUCAUGAUUGGAGUAGCAAUAGGUGUUUAUAUCUGCAAACGUCGGACCAUACAGAAGAAGAGAAGAGGAUCAAAUGAUGUUGAAAAAAUGGCAAAAACUCUAAAAGACAGUAGCUUGAACUUCAAAUACUCAACAUUGGAGAAGGCCACAGGUUCAUUUGACGAGGCAAACAAGCUUGGACAAGGCGGGUUUGGUACUGUCUAUAAGGGGGUUCUUCAAGACGGACGAGAUAUCGCUGUGAAACGGUUAUUCUUCAACAACAGACAUAGAGCAUCAGAUUUCUACAAUGAAGUUAACAUGAUCAGCACUGUUGAGCACAAGAACCUUGUCAGGCUACUUGGUUGUAGCUGCUCAGGACCAGAGAGCCUCCUUGUCUAUGAAUACCUGCAGAACAAGAGCCUUGAUCGGUUCAUCUUCGACGUGAACAGAGGAAAAACUCUAGACUGGCAGAGAAGAUAUGCGAUCAUUGUUGGAACCGCUGAGGGAUUGGUGUAUCUGCAUGAGCAGUCAGCUGUGAAGAUUAUUCACAGAGACAUCAAAGCAAGUAAUAUUCUGCUAGAUUCAAAGCUUCAAGCUAAAAUCGCAGACUUUGGGCUGGCCAGGUCGUUCCAGGACGAUAAGAGCCAUAUCAGCACUGCAAUUGCAGGGACAUUAGGCUAUAUGGCUCCGGAGUACUUGGCACACGGUCAACUAACAGAGAUGGUAGAUGUUUACAGCUUUGGAGUUCUUGUACUAGAGAUUGUAACUGGAAAGCAGAACACCAAAACCAAGAUGUCAGAUUACUCAGACAGUUUAAUUACAGAAGCAUGGAAGCAUUUUCAGUCAGGAGAGUUGGAGGAGAUAUAUGAUCCAAACCUGAAUUGGAAGAAUCAGAUUGACAGUCACAUCAUCAAAAAGGAGAUAGGAAGAGUUGUUCAAAUAGGGCUCUUGUGCACUCAAGAGAUCCCAUCACUAAGACCAUCAAUGUCAAAGUUGUUGCAUAUGCUAAAGAACAAAGAGGAGAUCCUGCCAUUGCCAAGUAAUCCUCCGUUUAUGGAUGAAAGAGUAAUGGAACUUCGAGAUGGUUCUGAUGGAGAUUCAGCUGGUUGUGCUUCUCUUGCCACUGUCUCACAAAGUUCCUUCUACGGUAGAUGAGCCUUGAAGAACUGUAUAAGAAGAACAACAAAAUGCAUCGUUGAGAGCAUCAACUAAAAAUUUUGUGUAUAAAACCAGUGAGAGAGGCUAAUUACGUAAAGAUAUAUUUAUAGAUAUGAAAUUGAGUAGUUUGAAUAUUAUAUGACGAUGACGAUGAUAUGCAAUGGCGAUACAAACGAAACUACUUAUUACA